AUGAGUAAAACAAUCCAACUCCAUUGUCCCUCGACGAAGCGGACCGUCGCCAACUUCGUCAUCACCCCCUUCCAAUCAAACGACCAGAUCCUCCAAGGCAUCCGUCUCGCCCUGCAAAUCCAGUAUGCGGCGUUGUACACCGCCGAUGCCAGGUCUCUCACCAAGCUCGACGCGCUCCAGAACGACCAGCGCGUUCUAGUGGGUGCAUCCCGCGAGGAGGUCAUGUUGCCGGACUCACCUGCUGAAUUCGCGUUCUACGAUGGGCAAGAGGGGCCCGACGCGGAAGAGUGGGAGUGGGCGAGUGAGCGCGAGAAAUGCGCGCAUGUCGUACGGCUGAAUGAGGAGGAACCGCGCAUGAGGAAUAAGCUCAGAAUCACACGUGCUUGGGAGGCGAUUGAGGAAGAGAUGAAGAUGGUGGGACGGCAGCGUGUUGAUGCGAAGGAGUGCGAGGGAUUAAUUGAACAGCGCUGGGGAACGAACAUCGAUCACUUCCUCCCGGAUGCCAUGAAGCCGGCAAAAGUCAAGCCGUCGGCGUCGAAGUUCUGGGAUGAGGGUGUCGUUGCGGGGCUGGCGGUGUUGAGUAGCUUCACGCAGGGGCAGGCGCGGCUUGCGGCGGAGUUUCUGGAGGAGGCGGUGCAGCUGCGGAUUGGGGACGGAAUUGACACGAGCCCGGUUUUGCAGUUUCAGGACGUCGUCAAUGCGGUUCACAUCAUCUUUGAGCGCGCGGGGGUCAUCAAGGAGAAGCUAACGAAGCCGAAGAGUGCCAAGGCGAGGGAGAAGGAGAGGAAGAAGGCGCUCAAGGAGAAGACGAAGAAGGAGAAGAGUGGAGCUAUGGCGGAGAAGUAG